AUGAUCCAACCAUCUUGCUUUCAGAUAAGUGGCAGGUUCUUGGCCCUUUCCAAUGUGGCACCAGAGGUUUGUUUUGUCUGGGGAGCGGACCCCCUAGAGCACAAGGGUGGAUUUCACAACCUCUCCUACGACAGAAAUGCGACCUUCAACAGCGGCCUGGCCACCAAUGGUAGCGUCAAGUGGGGAACUACCCAAGCUCGAAUCUACUUUCUGGCUCUAGGGCAGGCUAAAGCAAGGUUUCAAGUGAAGUUCCCAGAGAUAGACUGGGAGUUCCUGCAAGCUGUAUAUGGAUGGUCUGCCCUACAGUAUCAGAACUGGGCGCGAGGGUCGCUGAGGCUCGCGAUAUUUCGGAGGGGGUUUUAUGGCUACCGCACUGCACCAGUGAUUCUAGAAUUGACCCCUGGUGGCCAUAUGAUUGAAUUGCGACUUAUUCGUGACGUUCGAACCCUAGGCGCCGUUGCAGAACCCAUAAUCGCGGUGACGAUUGAAGUAGAGAUUCGCCGGAAGCCACUAACUGUCGACGAAGAAAGUCUUCUAUUGCCUGACGUUAGCCGUGGCAAGCUCGGUAAAGUGACACAUAUCCAGGAAUGUCCGCAUCGUUUGAUCAUGGAGGAGCCACUGGACCUCUCUCCAUAUCAAAUUCGGCCUCUCAUAUUCCGCAUAUACCUUGGUCGUCGGCCUCAGUUGACAUUUUCCUUUCGAAUAUCCUACAGAAUGUAUCGCGAGGAUAAUGGGGUCCAGGAAACGCACUUACUUCAAAUGAACCUUGGUGAAGUCCCGAUACAUCAAGCACAGAGACUUACGUACUAUAAUGCAGGUAUUGUCUCGUACGCCCUCCUGCGUCCCCCCCCUACUGAAUGCGCCUUUGCUACGUGGAAAGAAAGCAGCAACCUGCCUCUUAUUAUUGCUUUACAUGGUGCAGGUACCAGUGCGGACAGCCCAAGAGUUCGUGAAAUGCUGGAUGGCGCAUAUGAAACUUGUGCAUGGAUGUUAUUUCCCAGUGGUGUCACUGCUUGGAGUGGUGAUGAUUGGUAUACGUGGGGCGCUGCAGACAUCGAGGCGGCAGUGAGAGCGAUCCCAUGUUGGAUGGAAAACACCGGCUGGGGCAUCCCAGGUAUAUCGGUGAACGAUUGGAUAGUUGUCGGGCAUUCGAAUGGAGGCAUGUUUGUCACGUGGAUAUUAGUCUGCCAAGGGGCGUGGUUUCUGGCGACACACUACCCCGAUAAAGUCAAGGCCGUGGCGCCAGUAUCAGGGUAUUCCUCUAUUGAAAAUUACGUGCCUUAUGAUAUGUGGCAGAGCGCCAACCCUCUGCUAUCCUCGGUACUCUCAAGGUCGCGAUCGAGUUUCAAACAUGAGUUGCUGUUGAGUAACGUCGUCGGUAUUACAAUACUGCAACAGCAUGGAGCGCUAGAUGACAAUGUCCCUGCAUACCAUUCGCGCUUGAUGCAUGACUUGCUAGGACAGACACCGUGGCCAUCCUUCUAUGUCGAAUUACCAGGCCAGAAGCAUUGGUUCGAUGGGAUAUUGACAACCCCGCCUCUUCUUACCUUUUAUAAGGAAAAUGCUUUGGUCCCGCUUCGGUCAAAGAUUCCAGUAAACUUCACACUUACUAUUCCACCUUUGGGGAGUAUCACCAAAUACGGCAUCUGUGUCGAUCAAUUGCAGUCACCCGAUGCAUACGGAGAACUGCGGGUCCGCCGAGAUAUACAUGAGAAAAUUUGGUAUGUGAGAACAGUGAACAUACACCGUUUCCAUCUUACGGCUAGCAUCUUAAAUCUCACCGAGCCCGUUGCGGUUGUCUUUGAUGACGAAGACAAGCACGAAGUGAACUUUGACCGCCUUGGAAAUUGGUGGUUUCUCAAGGAAACCCUUGCAACAUGGAAAGUAUCGAAUCGAACGGACUGGCGUGGUUUAGAUACAAGGUAUGGUCGUCAACUGGGAGGGAUGGAUGUCAUCCUGCGCACCGCGGACACAUUCACGAUUGAUAUGUGCUCGGCUGGAAUUGAACAUUUGGCCGUGCAAAUCAGUCGUAAUCUCAUACAGUAUUUCGCAGCAGAUUCGCAAAUCUCAAGCCAAUGCGGUUCUGUUUCUAGUAUACCCGAGAGCUCUUAUCAGAAAGCAAGUGUUGGGAACGUCAUUACGCUUGCACUGGAGGAUGACUUACCCCAAUCAGAACAUCCAUCAUUUCCAAUCCGUGCUUAUGAGGGAUAUUUGGACCUAUUUCAACCUUGCCUUCAGGUGAAUACGGACAUACAGGCGGGACCCAAGUCCAGCAUGAAGCAAAAAUGUCAAUUUCAUAGAAUUCCUUACGAACGAGGUUUGGGCGCCCUUUUCCUACGACCACUGGGCAAUGGAAGGCUCGAGCUUGUUGUAUGGGGGGCGGAUGUAUCUGGCCUCGAGCAGGCUACGCGGCUCGUGCCCACUCUUACAGGCGCUGGACAUCCAGAAUUUAUCGUUCUAAGCGACAAUUGUCGUUGGAAGGGUCAUGCUGGAGUAUAUGCCGCUGGCCAUUUUGACAAGUCUUGGCAGAUAACGUCUGGAUCAUAUAUUCGUGGUGAUGCCAAAAAUCUUGUGACUACUGUGCCUGGCCAUCGCCCUCCUUAG